AUGAAUCCCAAUAAUAAAAACUUUGCUUCGCCGCAAGUUAAUAUGCCAAGAAAUGGCAUGGGUGAUAAUAACCAUCAAAAUAAUACAAAUAUAUUAAACUCCCAAUAUGGUAAUAAUAUAAUGAAUGGAGCAUCAAAUUCGUCAUCUAUCAAUUAUGGUAUUAGAAACCCUAAUUUUCAAAACAACGAAAAUGGGAUAUAUAAGACCAGCAAUAACAAUAAUUUCAAUAGUUCAAUGAUGCCCAAUUUAAAAAUGAAAAAUAUUAUCCAAAAAGGGAAUGAUAAUUCAGUUAAUACAAACAUAAAUAAUAAUAACCUUAUAAAUAAUAUGAACUAUACUAAUUUUCCUAAUACGAUGAAAGGAAAUAUUGAUGAUAUUAAUAAUAAAAAUAAUUAUAAUAUGAUUAACACAAAUAAUAAAGUUUCUAUCCCCAAUAUAUACAGGAAUAUGGAUGCAAAUAAUAACAAUAAUAUCGAUCCAUCUACUAUUAUUUCUGGUAAUACUUCUAGUUUAAAUACACAAAAUGGAAGUCAAGGGGGAAAGUUGAAUAGAGUCAAAAGUAUUGAUUUAGUUAAUAGAAAUCAAUUUGUUAAUAAUAUGCGCAAUAUGAACAAUUCAGGUAAUGUUAUUAGAAAUAGUAUGAAUAAUAUAUAUAUGAAUAUGGAAAAUGCCAAAUCAGGAAUUGAUAACUUCAAAAAUACUUCCAUGAAUCCAAAUAUGAAUACCAUGAAGAACCAAAUGAAUAGUAUUGGAGUCAAUGGAAGUAAUAACGCUCCUAAUAUUAAUAACAACAUGAACAUGAACAUAAACGGCUACAAAGGCAUGCCUCCCUUUCAAUUUUUGAAUCGUACACAUAGUCAUAAACUUGACAAUAUCAGCAACAUCAACAAUAAUAAUAGACGAAGCAACACAGUUGGUGCUUCUAACAAUAAUGCUAAUGGGCUUAUUAGAGACAUUGGACUUCUCAAAAGUAAUGAUGGAAGUAACGUGACUAAUCAAUACUAUAAUGCGAAUAAUUUACAGGGUGGUAUGAUAGAUCAUAAUGGUAGAAACAUUCCGAAAAAUCUAAGUUUGAAUUUAAAUAAACUUCCAAAUAUCAACAAUAAUAAUAAUGGCAAUCCGAAAUAUAUAGAUAAUAAGGCUCCUUCUAUGUAUAAUAUAAACAAUAACAUGCAUAUAAACGAAAAUAAUGAAAAUAAUAGAAAAUUCUCCAAUAUGCAACGAAAUAGUAUAAGCAUAUAUCCCCAAGGAUUUACUGAAAAUAUAAAUUCAAUCCCAAAUAAUGAAUUAAAUAACAUUCAAAAUUUUGUUCCACCAAAAACUGAUUCCUCUUCUUUAGUUGGUAACAACGGAAUUAACCCUGCACACUUAAUGAAUAUUGCCAAAAAUGGUGACAAUAAGAAUUUGAGUGUUCCGAAAAAAAGGAAAAAAGGGAAGGAUAAAGAUGCAGUUACAUUAAGUAAUCCAACUAGCAAUCUACUAGAAAACAACAGUGAUAAUAAUAUCACUAUUAAUCAAAAUAUAAAUAAUGCAUUAUUAGGCCAAAAUACCGAAGAAUUAACAAAUCAGAAAAUGUCUAAGAAGAAGCAAAAAAAUAAUGAUAACAAUCCUUCAAAAAAUGAAGGAAAAAGGAAAAAAAAAAUGAUGGAAAAUAAAUUAAAUAAUAUACCCACAUUAGCAUAUCCAAACAAUGAAAUGUCUUCAAUUCCCAAUCCUAUGAGCCAACAAGCUGAAAAUAUAUUAAUGAGAAAUGUAAACAAUGUAAAUAGUGCAUCCAAUCAAGCCAAUUGGCCUGGUUUUACAACUACACAAAAAAGCACCACCCCUGGUACUGAUUUUAUAAAUAAUGGGGAGGUAAAUGGCAGUAAUAAUAAUCAAUUAAGUUCUUACAAAGGUUCAACUACGGACGAAAACAAAAACAAUAACAAUGCAAAUAAAGAAAUGAUGCCAAGUGGCGAUCAAAUGAAAAUAGAUCCUAAAUAUAUUUGGAUAUUUUUGAAUAAUGAAUUUAACAAUAACAAAACAAAAUAUGCUCAGAUAUUACCAUUAUUAAAGCAUUAUUAUCCGAAUCGAUUAAAUGAUUUAAUAGUUCUUUUAGAAAAAUAUUCUUUAAUAAGUUCGAAUUAUAUUAUUAAUUCGUCCUAUCAGUUGCAAAUGAAUCUUAUCAAAAAUUAUAAUAGACUUGAGUCUGAAAAAUCGGGUAAUACAAGUGGAAAUAAUCCAUUGCAUAAUGAAAAUAUAUCCAUUUAUGAUGGAAUGAAUUCUAGCACUUAUAAUAAUAAUCUAGAAAAUAACAUAAUUAAUAAUGAAUUAAACAUGAAAAAUAUUGAAGCACGAAAUAUUGAGAAUGCUAACAUUGACAAUAAACUGUUGAAUAGCAUAAAUAAUAAUUUCAAUAAUCUUAUGUAUAAUAUGAAUCUUGAUGAAUCACUAAUACGUUCAAAUACUAAUGAAGAUAUGAUUAAUAAUAAAAACACUACCAAAGGUAAAAAAAAUAAUAGUAAAGAAAAUGCUAUUAAGGAAGAAGGAGCUAAAAAACCGAGAAAACCACGAGUGAGUAAAAAAUCACUACAAAAUAAUAAUUUACCUCUUUUAAAUAUAAUCAAUGGAACUGAAAAUAAUAUAUCUAUAGAAAAUUUACAAAAAAAUAAUGAAUUAAAAAUUAAUGAUAAUGUUUCUUCUAUUGGAUUUGGUAUACACAAUGAUCCAAAUAAAAUUAUGGAAAAUGACGUAGCCAAACUUUUAGAAGCAAGCAAAAGUGAGUUACUGGAACAGUUGGGAGGAAAUAACAUAGAUAAUGAUGUUAAUAAAACCCCCAAAGUAAGAAAAUACAGAAAAAAAAAAAAAAAUGAUGGUGAUAAUGAAGAGGGGAAUACACCCAAUGUAACCCUCGAUGGAAUUCCGAUAGACCCUAUACAAGGCUCUCCUAAUAAUAAUGAAAAAAAACGAAAGAAAAAAAAAAAAAAUGAAAACCCUGAUAAUACAAAUGGCGAGAAUAGUACUGAAAUUCAAAAUUUACUAUUAAAUGAUAAAGGAAAUGAAUCGAUAUAUGCCAAUAAAAUUGAUAAAUUAGUUAUGAACAAUAAGGAAGAAGAUAUUAUUAAUACUCAAAUACUAGAUAGUAUCGUUUCUGAUUAUAAAAAAAGUGAAAAUAAUAAUAACCAGGGCUUAAUUAACAAUAAUGAUUAUGGCGAACGAGACAAUAAAAACCAAAUUGGCGAAGAGAGUGGUGAUAAAGAGAAAAAAAUAGAGGAAGAAAUUAACGAAACUAAAAAAAGAAAAAAAACAAAUAAAGAUGGAACAAAAAAAGAAAAAGGAUUAAGAAAAAAUAAAACGAAGAAAAUGGAACUGGCAAAUAUUCUUCAAUCUUAUAAUAAUAUUAAUGGCAUGAAUUACGCAUUAAGCGAACAAUACAAUAAUUUAUAUGGGAAAAAAUUCGCAAAUAUUAAAAAAUUAUCUUAUCCGCAAAAUAAUUUAUUAGCAUAUUUAAAAGAAGUUGGUUUAUAUAACAGUUUUUUAGGAAAAACCAACAGGAUUAAUAGUAUGAAUGCAAUAAGGAAAAAAUACAAAAAAUUUAGCUUUUGUGUAAAUAAAGUAUUUAAAAAACAAAACAUAAAUGACAUAAUUACAUUAAAUGAUAAUAUAAAUAAUAACAAACAGUUUUUACCUUUAUUUAAAAAAAAAGAUAUACGAAACUUAAAAAGAAAAAAUUUAUCCUUUUUUAUGGGCAAAUUAGACUUUCAAAAGAUUGACUUAUUAAUAAUAAAAAGAAUUCAUAUAUGUAUAGAAAAAAUAAAAAACACACUUGGAUUAACUUGUGUUAUAAAUAAUGUAGAGCAAAUUAUAAAAAUAUUAAAAGAUGCAUUUAAUGAUAGAAUGAAAUUUAUAUGGCCCAUGAUUGAAUUUUCAAACAAUUAUAGAUUGGAUCAAUAUUUUCAUGUAUUAGGAAAAAACAGAAAUCAUCUAAAUUCAAAUUUUAGAGACACACGAAUCGUCGUUAAUCAGAAUAUAAAUUCAUUAAUAAUGUACUUUAAUCAAAGAGACAUCGAUGGCAGAAUGAUUGAAUAUUUGAAAACCCAAAUGAGACCAAGGAAAAGGAAAAAAAAAAAUAAAAACAAGGAAUCGUUUAUCGAGGAUAAAACUACGGAAUUUUUCAAAUCUAUUAAUACAAUUCCCACAGAAAAUACCGCAACUAAUAGUGGACAUAAUUUGGAAAAUGCCCAAGCCAAAGCAAAUGAAUUUGCAUUUGUUGGUUAUAAUCAGAAAAGGUUAUUGACGCAGAUUACUCCAUACGACUAUAAGAAUAUUCUCAAUUCUUCUAUUUGUAAUAAAAUAUUUACGAUAAAAUGGAAGGAACAACAAACUGCGAUUAUUAAUAAUCUGCAUUAUGACAUGAUUCCAGACACCGACGAAAUAAGAAAAAGGUUUGAGAACAUAUAUAUUAGAUAUAUGGGAUAUAAUGAUAAAGAGCUAUCAUUAAAAUUAGAGAAUACAAUAAAUCCUGGAAAAAUAAAAAUGUCCAAAAAAAAUAAACAUCAAUUAAAGGGAAAAACACGAAAGAAAAAAAUUGGCAAAGAUAAUGAAAACUUAGAUAAGGAAAAUAUGAUUAUAAAGCCAAAAAGAAAAUAUGAAAGGGUAAAACCUCGAAAAAAUAAAAAUAAAAAUGGAGAAAAUAAUCAAAAUGUUAUAGAAAAAAAUGAAAAUGGCGAAACUAUUGAAAAACCUGAAAAUGUUAAUGACGUUCCAAAGAAAAAAGGAAGAAAACCCAGAGAAAGGAAAAAUAAAAAAAAUAAAAACGCAGAUCCAGAAAAUAAUGACAUGACUGAUCAUAAAGGCGAUCCUAAUAAAGUGUUACAGGCAUCACUGGAUUUUAUGAAUCCAAAUAUGUUUACAUAA